AUGGCGCCCUCCCUACUUCAGAAACGAAAAGGAAGGUCCCAGGCAAGGAACAGUGAAUCCUUCAGAGCAUGGAUAUCACAGGAGACCAAGAAACAGGCUCCUGUCCCAAGGAGUAAAUGCGAGGUAUUGUUCGUAAUGGGCUCCCUGGUCUUCCUGCUUUACAUCUGGCAGUAUCAUGACAACUUCCAUUUCCAGGUGGUCCACAUGUAUGCCCGUCUGGGGUACCCCAAUGCCCAGCACAUCUUAGGACAGAGAUACCUGAAAGGAGCCGGCGUAGUCAAGAAUGAAGAGAUGGCAAUGCACUGGUUUAGACAAGCCUCCCAGCAGGGUCACCCUCAUUCUUCCUUUAACCUGGCAGUUGGGAAGCUAAAAAACAGAACUCUGGCAAUUGAAGAAGGGGAAGUAGAGAUGCUUCUUGGUGUGGCUGCAGGUCAGGGGCUUCCAGAGGCCCAGGAACUGUUGGAGAACCUUAUCCAAAGAAGAAACAAAUUAUUACCCAGAGAGAGCACUGGGGGUUCUCAUAGGCCAUAG